GAGUCAUGACAUAUAUUCAGAUUGGAACAGAGCAAAAGCAAAACAAACUUUGCAAGAAAAGAAAACAAACGUCACCGUCAUUGUCGGCUUUCGACGUUUUUUAAUGUGUCACUGAUUUCAUCUCAGUUCUGGUCAGCUGUGUUCAUCAGUCGUGGACUUCCCUUCAGUGAAAUGCAGCUGUUAAAUGGUCCAAAGUCAGUCUUUUAUGAACCAAAUUUCAUAACAGAAGAAGAGGAGAGAAGACUUGUGGACUGUGUGUAUGCUGCCCCUAAACCAAAAUGGCAGCAGCUAUCAAAUCGUCGUCUUCAGAAUUGGGGAGGCCUUCCACAUCCGAAGGGAAUGGUCGCUGAACCAAUUCCAGAGUGGUUGAUGCACUAUGUUCAGAAGGUGUCAAGUCUUGAUUUGUUUGGAGACAAGAAACCAAAUCAUGUCCUCGUGAAUGAAUAUUUACCUGGUCAAGGAAUAAUGCCCCACACUGAUGGGCCUCUUUUUCAUCCUGUUAUAACGACUAUUAGCCUUGGUUCACAUACUGUGCUCAACUUCCAUGAGGAGCAAGAUCUAGAAAAUAUUGUUGGAGAGAAUACAUCACCGAACCAAAUGAAGCAAAGAAAGAAAAUUAUGUCCGUAUUGUUGGAACCAAGAAGCCUCCUGGUAGUGAAAGAUGAUCUCUAUCAAAAUCAUUUACAUUCCAUUGAAGAGCUUAAAUGUGAUGAAAUAUCAGAAUCAAUAAUCAAUCCAGGAACUUUUAAAGUAGGAGAAUUGUUAGAAAGAAAAACUAGAAUAUCACUGACCAUUAGACAUGUUCCAAAAACCAGUAAAGCAACCAUAUUCUUGAGUAAAAAAUUUUAGCCAUAUCUGCUAGUUUAUAAAAUUAUAACACAUCCUAAAAUUAAUUAAAUAAAACAAACUUAUGGCAACAUGAA